CUAUUCUUUUCCGCCGGCCUCCUAGUUACAAUCACUGUGCUGCAACAUUCGAGGUUCGGUCGUGGGCUGCUAUUCAGAAGAACGCGUGCUUGGAGGAAGUCAUGUGAGCGUGGAAUGGGCCAAUGAUAAUUCCAGCCUCCCGCGGGGAAGAGGCGGCCUAGCGCGAAGUCCUUUCGGUGACGACCCGGCAUGGUUCCUGCGCGCUACUGUGUUCCUGGAGAGCGACUCUGCAGUUUAGAGGAAGGAACCCCUGGGAAUGGUACCUACACACGCCAUGGUUCUAUCUUUGCCUCUUUGGCUGGUUGUUUCAUGAAGAAAAGUGAGAAUGGCAUGCUCCCGGUAAUCUCUGUGAUGAGAGAUGUAGAAUCUCAGCUACUGCCUGAUGUGGGAGCCACAGUGACCUGCAAGGUUUGCAGUAUUAAUUCUCGUUUUGCCAAGGUGCAUAUUUUGUAUGUUGGUUCUACACCAUUAAAAUCCCCAUUCCGUGGAACAAUACGCAGAGAAGACAUCCGAGCUACAGAAAAAGACAAGAUAGAGGUUUACAAGAGUUUCCGCCCAGGGGAUAUUGUUUUGGCCAAAGUUAUCUCUUUAGGGGAUGCACAAUCAAAUUAUUUGCUGACCACAGCAGAAAAUGAGCUGGGGGUAGUGGUGGCUCAUAGUGAAGCAGGUUUACAGAUGGUGCCAAUCAGCUGGUGUGAAAUGCAGUGUCCCAGUACACAUGGGAAGGAGCUGCGCAAAGUAGCCCGAGUUCAGCCUCAAUUUCUGCAGACAUAGUGAAAGAUGCAUACACCAAAACAUACGACUGGUAGCAGGAAAGAUUAAUCCCAGAAGAACCAGAGGAACUUGAAAGAAAAAAAAAAACAGAAAGCAACUUCAAGAAUGCAGAGCUUUUUAGUGAAGGACAUCAUGAUUAGACCGGUUUAGUUUUAAUUUUGUAACCUAAUUUUAUUGUUUUAUAAUUCAGAAAACUUUCUACUCUGAUUUCUGCCUUCAAUUGAAGCAGCUACACUCUGCUUUACAAAAGCAAAAGGACAAGAAAACAAUUAAUAAAGGCUGCCUGCCUGGAUUUUCCCUUGUAAAGUACAAGUCAUUGGCCUGUCCAGGACGUAAGCCUAAAUCAAUACCCAUCAAAUGUACUUUAAUUGAAAGCCCUUUUGAAUCUCAAGUUGUCUCAGUGUCACAAAGAAAGAUGAGAUAAAACUAGGAACUAAUAGAAAAAAUGUUAAAACUAUAUUUUGGCUUAUGGAAACAUUAGAUUUACAUAAAAUUUAUUAUUUUGGGGAGUAGACUUUACUGUCAAACUACUGAGGCAGUCUAUACAGUGGCACUCAAGUCAGUCUCUGGCAUAUAAAAUUAUGUAACUGCAUCUUUUGACAGUAUAUAUGAUAGUGAAAUAUGCAAAGUCCCAAAUAAUGCACAUUUCAGCAUUCAUGUUCAAACUAUGGAAUUGUUUCCAGGGGUGAAUACAAAACAGAUAUUGUUGACUAUGGCUUUUUUCAAUAAAAUCCCGUAUCAAAAA